AUGGCUUCCUCCGCCGAAGGCGACAAAGGGCGCGCUGCCGGAGAGGCGCCGGAGGGAUCCAAUCUGCGAAAGGAGGCCUCUCCUGAGCGUUCUCUGAUGGUUUCCGUUGCAGGAGGCGAGGAAUCGACGCGGCGGGGGUUUCAGAAGCUGUGGACGGACGCGGACGAGAUCGCCGUGCUGCAAGGGUUCUGGGAGUUCACGUCUCGGAGGGGAACGGCGCGGGCGGACUACCAGCACGACACGGGUCCCUUCUACGAAGAGAUCCGCGGCCGCCUCCGCUGCGAUUUCAGCCGGAGCCAGCUGGUGGAGAAGCUCCGCCGGCUGAAGAAGAAGUUCCGCAGCACGGCCGGGCGGAUGGCCGCCGACAAGGGAUUCGCCUUCCGGAGCCCCCACGAGGAGGUAGCUUUCGAGAUCGCGCGCAAGAUCUGGAACCCUGUCUUCAAGCGCGGCCGCGACGCGAAAAGCGGCGAUCUUGAACGCGGAGAUGCCCUAAAAGAUGGAUCUUUGGACUCGGAUCCUGACUUUGAACCUAGACCUCGAGGCCGCCUGAAGAAGGGAAAAGAAACGGUGGCGGCGGCGGCUGCGGCGGUGACGGCGGAGAUUGUCGAGGAGGCCGCCGCCUCCGAGGUGGUUCGGCCCAGCAUGCCGAAUUCCGACAUGGUUGAGCAGACCUUGAGGAGUUGCUUCUCGCCGUUAUUCAACGAGAUACUUUGCACCACAGGUAUUGGCAUAACAGUAUCCAACUCCCCUCCCUUAAACCCUAAGCCACUGAACUCAAGGGCAGCGGCAGCGCCGGCGCCGGCCCUUGCGGGCGAUAGAUGGAAGCAUCAACAAAUCCUGGAGCUGGAAGUUUACCUGAAGAGGCUGGAUCUUGUUCAUGAGUACAUCAAAUUGAAGCUAGAGGAGCUCAAAUCGCAGGGAAGCUGCUAA